UCUCAGUCUUCAUUCCAUUCUCGAAUCCCCCGGACGUCGACCUCCGAUCCGAUCGUCUACUUGGUUUGUUAUUGUUUCCUUUGGCUGCCUGGCAUUCGGCUAUUAAGUUGUUUUCGAUCUUAAAUACGUGGCUGAAAUCGCUCUGAACAAACAACACCACUCAUCACGAUGCCAAAUCCACUGUGGUUCGUCUUCUGGCUGCUGGUCUUCUGGUUCGUCUCCUUCUUCGUGGCAUUCUUCUGCGCCUUUUUCUACAUCUGGGUCUACGCAUUUGCCUCCUGCAUUCCCGCCCUGACGGGCAUAUCGGACAUUCUGCUCCAGGGAGUCCAGUUCCCGUUCUACUGCGGGAAAGCCAUGUUAGAGGGCAAGCAAGCUUUUUAAGGGGGAUAUUUCCCCAAUAUCAAUUAACUAAGUGCCUUACUGAUAACUCUUGUUUUCAAUCAUUUUUUACAAUUUUACAAAUAAAGAUUUAUUAACUUAUAUUUAU